UGACGUCGUAGCUCGCUGGCCGCAUCUGACCUGCUGAAUCUGCCCAGUGUCCCGUAGGGAAGAGCUGGAGUAGGUGCGUCCGUUGUUCCGUCCAUUUGACCAGGCUCCCACAUUGAGAGUUUCGUGGCCUACUGAGUUCCCCCGAAGGUGAAGGGAUGGCGUUUGUGAAGAGUGGUUGGCUGCUUCGACAAAGCACAAUUUUGAAGCGGUGGAAAAAAAACUGGUUUGAUCUGUGGUCAGAUGGCAACCUAAUCUAUUAUGAUGAUCAGACAAGGCAAAAUGUAGAAGAUAAGAUUCACAUGCUGGUGGACUGCAUCAACAUCCGAAUGGGAAAUGAAUGUCGGGAUUUUCAUCCUCCUGAAGGCAAGCCAAAAGACCGCUUACUGCAAAUUGUUUGUCGAGAUGGGAAAACUAUCAAUCUUUGUGCAGAAAGUGAAGAUGAUUGCUUGGCCUGGAAAUUCGCACUCCAGGAUGCCAGGACAAGUACAGCCUAUGUUGGCUCAGAAGUCAUGUAUGAUGAGACUGCUGUGGCUGCAUCUCCUCCUCCUUAUACAGCUUAUGCCACACCCUCUCCUGAGGUAUUUGGCUAUGGUCAAUAUAAUGGCGCAUACCCUCCAGGAACUCAAGUUAUCUAUGCUGCUAAUGGGCAGGCAUAUGCAGUACCAUACCAUUAUCCAUAUCCAGGACCUUACGGACAACAGCCUGCCAACCAUGUCAUCAUCAGGGAGCGUUACCGGAACAAUGAUGGAGACCUGGCUCUGGGCAUGCUGGCUGGAGCAGCCACUGGCAUGGCCUUGGGAUCUUUAUUCUGGGUCUUCUAAGUUUCUCUACAUCUUUGUAUUUGUAGCUUCCAAAACCUUUAUUUAUUUUCUGUGUGUGAUAAUAUAUUUUGCAAGGUAUUCCUGUUUUACUGUAAAGAUUUUUAAUGACAGUUAGAAUAGUACUUUUAAAGUAGUGACAUCUUAAUUAUAAUUAGUUAGUAUAAAUUUCACAAGGCAGGAUUGUAAGUGUGCUGUUCAGUUGAAAUAUAAAUUAAAAGGAUACUUGAUCAUUUCAAGCUCUUUUAUGGAACUUGUAUAAGAAGGAUUUAUUUGAGCUCAUUCAUUUUGAAGAACAUUAUCACUGCAGUGUUAAAUGCAGAGCAUAAGAGAUAUAGUUUUGUCAUCCAUAUUAGAAGUAUGCUGCUCAUAUAAUGACCCCUGAAUAGGUGAUUAUUUCUGGCAGGGAAAAACCCAAUUAAUCCAACUGCUAACUCUCAAGAAUUAACCAUGGAACAGUCUGGGUGUUAACUGUUGGCAUGGCAGGGUGGAAAACUAUGCACGAUAAAGCAAUAUAGACUUUGCACUACACACUCCAAAGAAUAGUCCCCAAGGCCGUGGUGACACUCCAUAUACCUCUGUAGUUGGCUCUUGUCAUUAUCCAGUGGUGCUGUACUGGUAGGCCUGUUUUCUCUAUUGUGAAUGGAUUUAUUGAAUCCUAGAGAUUGGAAUUGGUAAAUUUCUUGUAAAGAGCUGCCAAUCAGGACAAACUCUUGUAAACACUGCUAGAAAGCUGUAGUUCUCAACCAUGGAGAGUUGUAAAAGCAGUUCAGAGGCUGACGUGAUUGGCAGUUUUGGUGUUUUUUGGAAAGUCAGUACUAUAUAUGUAUUUAAAAGAUGACAGAUAAUGGCUUUUACUUUCUUAACUUUUAUUUAACAUUGUAAAAACAUUCAAAAUUCAGACCUCCAUUGAAUCCAUUUUUAUAUUGUGUAUCUGAGCCAUCCCAACCCCUCACCUAAUGUUUUGAAAAAAGAAUACGUUACCAGCUUACAAGUAGUGCUUUUGGUUUUAUUUGUUGGCCUGCUACAGAAUAUUGUGCUAAGGGUGGAACAGACUAAAGGCAUUUGUAGCUAGUAAAAGUAAGGAGAAAGAAUUAAGACCAUACUCAGGGUUAUUAAUAUGAGUGUUGAAUUCUUGAUCAUUUUUGUAGAGUUGAGAUAAGGUAGAAGGAUGAGGCUAAUGGGAAGAAUUAAUGACAGGAGGAAAUGAUUAUAGAAAUUAGGAAAGAGGUUUACUUAAGUGCAUGCAACAGAAUCUGUAUCCUGUUAUAGAUCAGAUAGCUGAUUUAGUCUUAUUUCAUGUGACUCCAUUAAAACUUUUAUUUUUGCCAACAACUUUUAACAUACUUUGAAAAUGUGUGUAUUCUUCAAUCCCAUUAUAAUUUUUGUGAUAAAACUCUUAAGAGAGUUUGCUUCAUCCUUAUGGAUAAUAUAAUCUUUUUUCAUGGACCAUUUGAUAAAAUCUACUUUCUUUUACUUGAAAAACCAAAAUGUUUUAUUCUCUAAAUCUACACUUAUUUGAACUUGAGAAAGCAAUAGGAGGGAAACAAAGGCCCAGGAAAGGAAUGAAAUGUACAUUGUUAGUGAACAGUCAUUCCAGAAUUUAUAAUGGUACGACUGCCUCAUGUAGAUUACAUAUAUUUUUCUGUUUCUUGUGUUAUCUGUAGUUUAGGCAUUUUUGCUGCUUUCUAAACUUUUAAUU